UCUCCAAUUCUGUCCUGUUACAAAAAGCCACCACCAGCAAUACCCACUGUUCUGUUCUGCUCUCUAACACAGAUUUUUUCUGUACUCUCUUUCUCUCUCUCUCUAAAUCUUUAACUGGGUUUAGUUUGGUAAACCCACGAGCCUUGAGUUGUUCGAUAUUUUUGUAAGUAAGCGAGCAGAGCAAAUCAAAGUCAAUGGCAAAUAUAGACAUUGAUGGAAUCUUGAAAGAGCUUCCCAACGAUGGCCGUGUCCCCAAAACCAAGAUCGUUUGUACUCUGGGUCCGGCUUCGCGGUCUGUGCCAAUGAUAGAGAAGCUGCUGAGGGCUGGGAUGAAUGUUGCCCGCUUCAAUUUCUCUCAUGGCAGCCAUGAGUAUCAUCAAGAGACCUUGAACAAUCUCAGGGCUGCUAUGCACAAUACUGGCAUCCUAUGCGCCGUCAUGCUUGACACCAAGGGACCUGAGAUUCGAACUGGAUUCCUAAAGGACGGGAAACCUGUUCAACUUAAGGAAGGCCAGGAAAUUACUGUAACCACUGAUUAUGAUAUCAAGGGAGAUGAGAAGAUGAUCUCCAUGAGCUACAAAAAGUUGGCUGCUGACCUGAAGCCAGGAAAUACCAUUUUAUGUGCAGAUGGUACAAUCACACUAACAGUGUUAUCCUGUGAUCCUGCUAGUGGGACUGUGAGAUGCCGAUGUGAAAAUACUGCAAUGAUUGGUGAGAGAAAAAAUGUCAACCUUCCUGGUAUUGUGGUGGAUCUUCCAACACUCACUGAGAAGGAUAAGGAAGACAUCUUGGGAUGGGGAGUUCCCAACAAUAUUGAUAUGAUUGCUCUUUCAUUUGUACGCAAAGGGUCUGAUCUUGUUAAUGUCCGUAAGGUCCUUGGUCCCCAUGCAAAGCAGAUACAAUUGAUGUCGAAGGUUGAGAACCAGGAAGGUGUCAUCAACUUUGAUGAGAUCCUGCGUGAGACUGAUGCAUUUAUGGUUGCUCGGGGUGAUCUUGGAAUGGAGAUUCCAGUGGAGAAGAUCUUCCUUGCACAAAAGAUGAUGAUAUACAAGUGUAAUCUUGCAGGCAAGCCUGUUGUUACUGCCACUCAAAUGCUUGAAUCUAUGAUUAAGUCUCCAAGGCCAACGCGUGCUGAAGCUACUGAUGUCGCUAAUGCUGUCCUUGAUGGCACUGAUUGUGUCAUGCUUAGCGGUGAGAGUGCAGCUGGAUCCUAUCCAGAGCUGGCUGUGAAGAUUAUGGCUCGAAUUUGCAUUGAGGCAGAAUCCUCCCUUGACUAUGGAGCAAUCUUCAAAGAAAUGAUUCGAUCAACACCACUUCCGAUGAGCCCGUUGGAAAGUCUUGCAUCCUCAGCUGUACGAACAGCUAACAAGGCUAAAGCUAAGCUUAUCGUUGUUUUGACACGAGGUGGAACAACAGCCAAAUUGGUUGCCAAGUACAGACCAGCUGUCCCUAUCCUAUCUGUGGUUGUCCCAGUCUUGACAACCGAUUCAUUUGAUUGGACUUGCAGUGACGAAAGGCCAGCAAGACAUAGUCUGAUAUACAGGGGCUUGGUUCCUCUACUGGCAGAAGGCUCAGCCAAGGCAACUGAUGCAGAAUCUACCGAGGUUAUCUUGGAAGCUGCCUUAACAUCAGCUACAGAGAAGGGGUUGUGCAAGCCCGGUGAUGCUGUUGUUGCACUUCACCGAAUUGGUGCUGCUUCUGUUAUUAAGAUCUGCAUAGUGAAAUAAUGUAAGAGUAUGCAGCAUCCAUUUAUUGACUUCAGAGGCGGUUUUUUUGAUAUGGCUUUUAUGAUCUUCUAUGCUUAUGCUAGUUCAACUCUUUAGUAAAGGAUUCAGCUAGUUCCCUGAUGUCCUGAGCUACGGUACAGGAUUCUAUUUUGUUGAUCUGCCUAUUUUCCCUUAUGAUAUUUUGCUAGUUGAUGUUACAAUGAAUUGCAAUAUUUUAUUAUGUUUCAUGCGGCCUGUUAUGAAAAUAACAAGCAGGGGGUCUCUGGAUGCUACUUUAUUCC